AUGCCAUCUGGGUUUUUCGGAGACAUUACGGGCCAAAAAUCAUAUGCGACCAAGCGUGCGUUAUACCUCUUGCAAACUCUACCUGCUAAUGGGGUGCUGGUCUAUCGCUGUUUUAUUGUUUGGCACUCCAUCUGCCAGGCUGGGUUUUCAUCGUACCAAGCUUACUGUGAUGCAUCUCCGUAG